AUGGUUAAAACAGCCAAAAACGAGACCAUACCCUCUUCCCCCUCCACCUCCCCUUCGCCCCGCCUCAGGCUGGUAGGGUGAGUCCACUCACUCUGGCAGCCUGUAAUGUUCGUUCCCUUUUAGACAAUCCAAGGAGCAACCGACCGGAACGGAAGACAGCGCUAGUAGCUCGGGAACUGGUGCGCUACAAGGUGGACAUCGCCGCACUCAGCGAGACUCGAUUCUCCGAACAAGGCCAACUGGAGGAGAUGGGUGCCGGCUACACCUUCUUCUGGGGCUGUCGCCCCAAAGCAGAGCGACGGGACGCGGGCGUCUCCCUUGCCAUCCGGAACGACGUCGUGGGACGACUGCCCUAUCGACGAGCCUGCGCCUGCUUCUCUGCGGAGGCAUACUGGCGUCUGUGCUCUCCCCCCCCCCCCAAUGACCAACCCUGA